AUGGUUGGAGCAGUUCUUCCUCCAACUCUAAAAUGCGCCGUGAGUGCCGUUGCAGUCUUAACCUGCGCACUUAUAAGCACCCUCUCUUUCGCUCUCCACGACGCCGCACAGGACCCAAUCAUACACCAAGUCACAGACAAUCACCGCCCUCUGCUGGGGACAGAGAGAAGCUUCCAGAUGUUCAUCGAGAAAUACGGGAAGAAGUAUUCGACCCAAAAGGAGUACAUGCACCGCCUCGGGAUCUUCGCAAAGAACAUGGUCAGAGCCGCCGAACACCAGGCCCUUGAUCCGACGGCUGUCCACGGCGUCACGCCUUUCUCUGACCUGUCCGAGGAGGAGUUCGAGCGGAUGUACACCGGCAUGAGAGCUGUCCCGCCGGCCAGCUCGAACGACGGCGUUUCGGAUAGUGCUCCACCGGUUAUGGAUGUUAGUGAUUUGCCUAAGAACUUUGAUUGGAGAGAGAAAGGAGCUGUUACUGAGGUCAAGAUGCAGGGUGGGUGUGGGUCGUGCUGGGCCUUCAGCACUACAGGAGCAAUUGAAGGAGCCAAUUUUAUUGCAACAGGAAAGCUUCUUAGUCUCAGUGAGCAACAGCUUGUGGACUGCGAUAGCACAUGCGAUGCGAAAGACAAGACUGCGUGCGACAGUGGGUGUGGUGGCGGGCUUAUGACAAAUGCCUAUGAAUAUCUGAUUGAAGCGGGAGGGUUGGAGGAGGAGAGCACAUACCCAUACACCGGAAGACGGGGCGAAUGCAAAUUUAAUCCGGACAAGGUGGCUGUAAAAGUUGCCAAUUUUAGCACCAUCCCUAUUGAUGAGGACCAAAUUGCAGCCAAUUUAGUCCACCGUGGCCCCCUUGCCAUCGGGUUGAAUGCUAUGUUUAUGCAAACAUACAUCGGCGGUGUUUCGUGCCCCCUAAUCUGUUUCAGGAAAUGGGUGAACCAUGGUGUUUUACUUGUGGGGUAUGGUGCCAAGGGCUACUCCAUUCUCAGGCUGCGCAACAAGCCAUAUUGGAUCAUCAAGAAUUCAUGGGGUGAACAAUGGGGAGAGAAUGGGUAUUAUCAUCUUUGCCGAGGCCAUGCCAUGUGUGGUAUGAACUCAAUGGUCUCUGCAGUUGUGACCCGUACUCGUCCCGCCUAG